CCUUCCAUUUUCUCUCCUCAAAUCAAAAUCCUUCUUGAAAUCUCAUUUCUAGAAACUACAUUUCCAGGUGAACUGCACACAAACUGACUUGAAAAAAAAACAGCAGAUUACUAAAAAUAGCACCUUAAAAAUAUCCAAAAAUCAUGGCCACAGCAAAACACACCCCGUCGGAGACUUGCUCAUUAUAUCCAUUCCCUCCUUCCACGUCAGCACUCUCGGAGGCCGCGGCGGAGGAGCCGAAGAUCAAGCGGAUUCGAGAGGCGGCCACCACCGGCGGCAGCAAGCAUCCUAUCUACAGAGGCGUGCGGAUGCGGAAUUGGGGGAAAUGGGUGUCGGAAAUCAGGGAGCCGCGGAAGAAAUCCAGGAUAUGGCUCGGCACCUUCCCCACGCCGGAGAUGGCGGCGCGUGCGCACGACGUCGCCGCGCUGAGCAUCAAGGGCUCCUCCGCCACCCUCAAUUUCCCCGAGCUGGCCGCGGCGCUGCCCCGCCCGGCAUCCCUCAGCCCCCGCGACGUCCAGGCCGCCGCCGCCAAGGCCGCCGCGAUGGAAAAAUUCGAAAUCACGUCGUCUCCGUCGCCGUCGUCGUCGAUUGAAUUGUCCGCGGCGUCGGAGGAGCUGAGCGAGAUCGUGGAGCUGCCGAACCUGGGAUCGAUGGAGACGAGGAGCGACUUCGUUUACGUAGACGACAACGCCGCGAUCGAAGGCUGGCUGGAUCCGCCGCCGCCUUGGAGCGACGACGGUGGGGUUUCCGGACUCUUCUCGUUGUGGAAUUACUGAGAAUUGAUUUUAGCUCUUUUUUUGGCUUCCCAUUUUUGAGAUUUGAUACUAAUGUUGAGUUCGAGUAUCCAUAUUCGAACUCCCUUCACUUGUGUGCUCCAUCAUGGAAUUUAGGUCAGCCCUUUUUUUAUUUUUUUAUUUAAGGGCUAAAUAUUUUUCCUUUUAUCACCUCUGCUUGUACAGUGUUAGAGCUUACACCUCAUCAAAAUUUUCAUCUCA